AUGCCCAACUACUUCAAACAGCAAAAUUACGAUGACGCUGAAUACGAGCUUUCUCAAUUCACACCCAUGAUCCAAUCAAACUGUUCAUCAGUUCUGCAACUGUUCCUCUGUUCCUUGUAUUUUCCUCCAUGCGCGCCUAGACCACAAACUACGCCCCCAUACCGUUCUGUCUGCAGGGCAGUUAAAGAGAACUGCAAGCCGUGGUUGAAGAAGUCUGGACUCAAGUGGCCCUAUAAGUUUGAAUGCAACACCUUGCCAGAUCCCCAUGAAAAAGCAUGUGUAAGAAGGGAUGGUGCAGUAAUUAAAGGUAAGAACUAUUCAUGAUGUUUUAUAAUAUUUGUAGCUCAUAUGAAUCUACAAUCAUGGACAAAAGUCCUGGGACACUUUUGCUGUUCUGGGGCGUUUUCCAAUUCACACAGGUCCAGCCUCUCUCCUCACCCCACAAAAAAUGUUGGACGCGUGUAUCCAGAUUUUUUUUCCGAGUUUCAAUUUUUUAUAGGGUGGGGUGAGGGAGAACUGCAAGAAAAUUUCGAAAAGGAUGCACUGUUUUAAGAGGGAACCGAGAAACGACAGAAAAAUAUGAAUAUUGGAGUAGUGUCACAAGGACUUUUGUCCAGGAUUGUAGUUUAUGUCGCAACUUUUAAAAAUACUUAUGCCCUUUUUUUUAUGAUUGACGCCACCUUUGUUUGGGACGGAAGGAUGACCAGGACCAGGAAAUAAGGACGUCAACCGGAAGUAAGGCCUUCUCCCUUUUUAUAUACCUUGAUUCUAACAAAUGUGUAUUGCUAAGUUUCUUUUCUCUUAUGAAGACGAUUUACCUGAGAGUUUGAACCAAACCAUUGACCAAUGAUACAAAAAGUCCACUUCCGGUUGACACCCGUCGAAUUUUGACCUUUUAAUGAAGUUUAUUAUUCCUUUUUCUUACUUAUACUUCGAAAGUGUUUAUAGACAGAACCAGACUGAGACGGAGCCGAGCUUCCAUUUUCACGGGGAAAGUGUUGUCAAAUGUAUCUAUAAAUAAACGGGUCCAUGAAAACACCUCGAUAUAGGCACGGUAUGAGAGUUGCACACUUCGAGUUAUUAUGGACUCGUGAUAUACCUAAGUAACCUCAAAGCCCGAGAUGAAUGAUAAUUACAUGGGCAAACCGGUCGGUCCACGGUUUGGGCAAAUGGUAUGAAAAAAUUCAGGAGUGGUAAAUUUUUGUCCCAGAGUCGCAUUUACCAUUUGUAUAAAUCACUUACAUUUACCAAAAAACGACCGAAGGGCCUGAAACUGGUAUCAACGAUGAUUUUGAAGAAAUUGAACACAAUUUCCCUUUGGAAUACUCCGUCCAGAAAAACAGGACUACCUUUUAAGAUGUUCUGUUGCUCCCUGAAAUUUUCUGCAGGAACGAAUGUAAGUCGCGUUCCAUUUACUUUUCAAACGUAUUUUCCGGAAACGUUUUGUAAAUAGUAAGCAACCUAUCUAUUGUUUGAUUUUUCCUCAAAACUGGAACACUUUUUUACUUAGUUUUAACUGUAAUAUGUCCGUAGUGCCACCACAUUGCCAACCACUCAACUCCACAAUGUGCAAAAACCUUAACUACAUUUACGUCGAAAUGCCAAAUUUCUGGGGAGACAAUACACAAGAAGAAGCCGACGCAAGAAUCCAAGUGUUCUCUCCACUGGUGAAUUUCGGCUGUUCUCCAUCACUGCGAGUUUUUCUGUGUUUGUUGUACUUUCCACCGUGCGUUGUAAAUUUUAGAAAGAUGAUCCCUCCAUGCCGAGAGUUAUGCGAGGACGCGAGACGUGGUUGUAAGCCAGCGUUGGAGGGGGCUGGCUUUCCUUGGCCUGGGAUAAUGAAGUGUUCUCAGUUUCCUUUCUAUGGUAAAAACGAAUCAAACGUUUGUUUAAAACCAGAGACGCAAACAACAAAGGGUAAGAAAUCUUUGUUUUUAUUAUCACAUUAUUAUUAUUAUUAUUAUUAUUAGUUGUAGUUGUAGUAGUAGUAGUAGUAGUAGUAUCACUAACAUCAUCGGUAUUGGUAUCGGUGAAAAUGGUCAAUACCAGUUUCUCUUGAAAAAGAUGAUUUUGCAGUCAGUGAAACAGGCUGCUCGGAAGGAAAAAUCCGCGUACUAGAAAUAGGAGUCGAACAUAUGACCUACCAAUGAGCCACAGGAGACUUCUGGGAGCUAGCGCCACUAAAUUAACUAAGUUCUUGUGACAAACAUGCUGCAUACGGACUAGAAUGUCCAUAUGUGCUCAUGCGCAAUGAUAAACUUAUUUUUCUUAUUUCCAAUUCAGUGCCAAACGUUACACAGUCAAGGUCGCAAUGCCAGGCAUUGAAGAUACCGAUGUGCCGAAGCUUGAACUACACCCACACGAUUCUACCAAAUUUCAUGAACCACACAACCCAAGCGGAAGUGAAGCGGGCCUUAAAAGCUUUCAGACCACUGCUCAAAUCUAAAUGUUCCAAUCAACUCAGGAGGUUUGUUUGCUUCCUGUUCGCCCCUUUCUGUGGUACAGACGGAACCCCGCUGGCGCUUCCACCCUGUCAAUCAUUCUGCGAGAAGAUAAAGUUGGAUUGUGGUCGAGUAUCUCGGUGGCUGGCUAAUUUAAACUGCAGCAGAUUUCCUUCGUUGUCUCGCAAGCGCCUUUGUUUUGCUGACCCGCUGGCCACAAUGGAUUGUAUUGGACGUAACAGCAGACCCUGCACAGGUGAGCUUUGUUAAAUCUCUGGGGUCGACACUAAGAAUUAGUCCUAGAGAUGUGCCCGCUUUACUGAGAGACAAUUAAAACACAACCAGUCGAUGGUAGCAAUGACGACGUCGACAUCGACGAUGACAAAGUCGGUAACGUAGCAGGCGGUACUAAUUUCUCACUAAACUGACCAAUCACAGACCCCUUUAAAUGAUUAUGGCAACAAUAUCAGAUGCAAUACAUAUCUUCAGACCGGCUGGAGCGGAUCCAGAAAAAUUCAGAAAUGGGUGGCCAGGACACUUGCCAUAUGGAUAUUACAUAUUUUACUGAGAAUUCUUUAAAAAUAGUACUAGGAAAUUUCAUAGACCAAAGGAGAGAGUGGCGUGGUCCCCUCGACCAACUUCAAAAUCCAUCUCAAUGUAACUUUAUUUUUAUCCCAUGUAUGGUAAUCCAAGACAGUCUUGGAUUGUGGAUUCCACGAGCGCUGUGGAUUCCGGAUUCAACUACUGUAUUCUAUAUUUAUUGUCCGUAGAACUUGGAUUCCGGAUUACCGCGUUCACGGGAUUCCGGAUUUGUUAAGCUGAAUUCCGGAAUUCAGAAUUUCGAAGCCAGCCAAGUAUUUUGGAUUCCAUAAGCACUGAAAAAUUUCCCAGGUUCCGGAAUCCACAUGACAUUAAAUGGGGUGAUAUAUUAGUGUAUCUUUUUUUUUUCUACAGUGAUUUCAUCAACCUCUCCAAUCAUCUUAAAAUGCUCCUCGCCAGGCAUUCACUUCACAAUUGAUGCAGUAACCAUUUCCCGCUACAACUGA